UGUCAGAAACUGAAGGACGUGGAGUCCAUCAUUGAGAUCGUGGAGCUGAACGGAAACGACCUGGUGAAGGAUUACUCGGAUGAAAUUGAGCGGAUGUUGGGAAGCAAGAUGAAGUCGGUGAAGAGGUUGGCGGAGUCGGCAGAGGACGCCGAUCUGUACCACGACUACAAUGCUUCGAUGCAGUUCGAUUACUACAACUCCAUGCUGAUCAACACGGCAGACGAGGACGGGAACAGCGUGGAGCUGGGCGGAGACUUCCCUCUGGAGGAGAACGAACACUUCAACAACCUGCGAGUGAACACGCUGCUCAGCGACAUCCAGAUCCCCACCAACGUCUACAACAAAGACCCCAACAUCCUCAACGCCAUCUACAACUCUGAGGCGUUAAACGACAUCUUCAUCGGCAACUUCCAGAAGGAUCCGACGCUCACCUGGCAGUUCUUCGGCAGCUCCACUGGCUUCUUCAGGAUUUACCCCGGUAUUAAAUGGACUCCAGACUCAAACGGUGUGGCAGCUUUUGACUGCAGGAACAGAAACUGGUACAUCCAGGCAGCCACGUCUCCCAAAGACAUCAUCAUCAUGGUGGACAUCAGCGGCAGCAUGAAGGGGCUGAAGAUGACCAUCGCCAAACACACCAUCAACACCAUACUGGACACACUGGGAGAGAACGACUUCGUCAACGUUAUCGCUUACACUGACUAUGUCCGGUACGUGGAGCCGUGCUUCAAAGGAACUCUGGUCCAGGCCGACUUAGACAACAGAGAGCACUUUAAACAGCUGGUGGACGAGCUGCACGUUAAAGGAGAAGCCAAGAUCAAGAACGCCAUGAAGGAGUCCUUCAAGAUCCUCAACGAGGCGAGGGCGAGCGGUCAGGGCAGCAUGUGUAACCAGGCCAUCAUGCUGAUCACAGAUGGAGCCAUGGAGGACUUUGAGUCCGUUUUUGAGGAAUUCAACUGGCCCGAGCGCAGGGUGAGAGUCUUCACCUACCUGAUCGGCAGAGAGAUGACCUUCGCCCAGAACACCAAGUGGAUCGCCUGCAACAACAAAGGUUUCUACACACACAUCUCCACGCUGGCUGACGUGCAGGAGAACGUGAUGGAGUAUCUGCACGUGCUCAGUCGGCCGAUGGUCAUCAACCACGACCACGACAUCAUCUGGACCGAGGCCUACAUGGACUCUGUGCUUCCCAGCACCAAGGAGCUCUUCAACACCAAAGCUCAGAGUCUGCUGCUCAUGACCUCGGUGGCCAUGCCGGUCUUCAGCAAGAAGACGGAAACGCUGUCCCACGGGAUCCUGCUGGGUGUGGUCGGCACUGACAUCCCUCUGAUGGAGGUGAUGAAGCUGGCGCCCAGAUACAUGCUGGGAGCUCACGGCUACGCCUUCCUCAUCACCAACAACGGAUACAUCCUGGCCCACCCGGACCUCCGACCACUGUAUAAAGAUGGAAAGAAGCUGAAGCCGAAGCCAAACUACAACAGUGUGGAUCUGUCUGAGGUGGAGUGGGAGGACACAGAGGAGGAGCUCAGAACCUCGAUGGUGAGAGGAGAGACCGGAAACAUCCAGCAAAGCAUCAGAGCCUCCGUGGACAAGAAGAAACGACCUCUGUUCCUCGUCAACGACUACUUCUUCACCAACAUCGACGAGACUCCGUUCAGCUUCGGCAUGGUGCUGACUAAAGGUCACGGACGCCUCAUGUUUAUUGGAAACGUGUCUGUGGAGGAAGGUUUACACGACCUCACCUCCCCCGACCUCAGCAUCGCUACCGAGUGGACGUACUGCGAGACCGACAUCGACCCGAGCCACCGGAAAUAUUCUCAGCUUCAGGCCGCCAUCCGCUACCUGCUGGGCAAGGAGCCCGACCUGGAGU